AUGCCAGUAACCAAGUUACAAGUACAUGAUUGCAGCCAGUAUACUACUUGUUACGAUUGUCUGGGAGCCAAAGAUCCGUAUUGUGGAUGGUGUUCUUUUGAAGACAAAUGUAGCCCGACAACAGACUGCCAAAUCAAAGAUCAGUCCAUGCGUUGGUUGUCAUACAGUGGUCAGCAGUGUACCAACAUCACUCAAGUUGUACCAUCAAAAAUACAGAAGGGUCGUGGGAUCACUACUCAAGAGCUGAAAGUAUCGAUAGCCUAUCUACCACCAAUAGAUGAAAACGAAUUAAAAUGUGUUUUUACCAGCUACGAGAUUGGCAAUAAACGCCCUGUGGUGUUAAAAACGCAGGGGAAGCCAUUGUUACAGGGUGGAGUUCGUUGUGAUACCCCUAUGCCUAAUAAACUACCACCAAUUCCAACAGGAAAAGAUCAUAUAGUAAUGAAGUUAUCAAUACAGUCAAAAGAAAAAGAUGUCGUCUCAACCAACUUUACGUUUUUUGAUUGCAGUUUACACGAUUCCUGUACAAGAUGUACCCUGAGUGACUUCCCUUGUACAUGGUGUGUACAGAGUCACAUCUGUACCUACGAACCUGACCAAGAAUGUCAAGGUCAAAAACUGGUCACAGGAUCUCAGAGACCAGGAAAGACACUAGCCCCCGGACCAAAGUCCUGUCCUCGGAUAGAAAUAGUCAACUCGUUGGAGAAGAUUCUGGUAGCCUCCAACACAAAGACGGAUAUUUCUGUUAAAGCUGUUAAUCUUUACGAUUUCCAAACGUUGAAUGGAAUCAAGUGUUUUUUCAACAUUAAAGAUGGCUACACAGUUUCAGCCCAGGUGGUCCAGCACGCUGACAGUACAGAUAUCACUUGUGGAGAGGUCUUGUUUGAUUAUAUACCUGAUAUCAAGUCUCAAAAUGUUCCUUUUGAAAUAUUAUGGGAUACAGAUAAACCACUGGAUAAUCCUUCUAACAUACAAGUAAUGAUGUAUAAAUGUGAGAUUAUGGCCAAGUCGUGUGGUGAAUGUCUAGCUCUAGAUGAACAGUAUCUAUGUGGCUGGUGUGAUAACAGAUGUAGCACGCAGAAAUGGUGUAACGACAAAAAUAAUCGCUGGCUUCCCGCUAAAACUUCCAUUUGUCCGAAUCCUAAAAUUAUCAAGAUAUCACCUGAAUCUGGUCCUCUAUCUGGAGGUACACAUCUCACAAUCACCGGUCAAGACAUGGGACAAAAUAAAAAAGACAUCACGGUGGAAAUCGGUAACCAGAUCUGUAAAAUCAUUGACUUUAAGGCUCCUAAAGAGUUGGUGUGUGAGACUCCUAGUUUUAACAGUGAAACCAGAGUCCAAGUUUAUAUCAACGUUAGAAAUCAGUAUAAAACUAGUGGACUUCAUUUCUUUAAAUAUGUGGAUCCAUUAAUAUCCAACAUCUACCCGAGUAAAGGUCCACUGUCUGGUGGUACCCGGGUAACGUUGAGUGGUGAUAAUAUGGACGCUGGAUCUAAAGCCAUUAUAACUAUUGGUACUUUACAAUGUAUUGAUAUUGAAAGAAAAAGUGAUAAAGAGCUGGCCUGUACGACGACAGAGGCUACAAAUGAAAUGGUAGAACAAUUAUCCAGGGUCAGUGUGACUAUAGACAACCAGUUGGUGGAAACUACCACGGAUAUCGAUUAUAAAUAUGUCGCUGACCCGACCAUUAACGCGAUAGACCCUAAAAAAUCUGUCAGAGAAGGUGGAUUGACCAUCACGAUUUACGGGGAAAACUUUGACAGUGUUUUAAAACCAACCAUGAUCUUUCCUGAUGAUGAAAAUCCCAUUGAAGGGUCAUGUGAAGUUAGAUCCAGUACGAAAAUGGUUUGCCUGUCACCUAAACUACAGAGUUUUGAUGAACCUUAUGAAGAAAUAUCCUAUGGUUUUAAAAUGGAUGGCGUCAAGGAACUAUACAACCUGACAGAGAAUUUCAUCGAUUACGGAUCUUUUAAAGUUUUUCCUAAUCCUAUUCUCAAAGAAUUUCCUAAUGGCAUGGAAUCACAUCAAACCAAAAACCAGUAUUUAACCAUUAAUGGUCAUAAUUUAAACGUGGCUGUGCAGAAGUCAGAAUGGAAGGUACAGAUUGGUCGAGAAUUCUGUAAUGUUACAUCGGUUGCUGAGACACAGUUGACAUGCACCCCGCCUAAAACUGAGCCGCCAUCUUUAAAUGGAAAAGAACACCCAGAAGUUGUGGUAUUUGUCGGUGCCAAUUUUUCCAGUAGUAUUGGAUUACUUCAGUAUGAAGAACCAGACGGACUCUCAUUACCUGCUAUUAUUGGUAUCAGUGUUGGUGCGGCCAUCUUGGUUGUAUUUGUGAUAAUAUUCUGUAUCGCGUACCUGGUCAAAUCUCAACGCAGUGACGAUAUGAUGAAGAAAAUGAGGAUACAGAUGGACAGUUUAGAAAGUCGGGUAGCCAAUGAAUGCAAAGAAGCUUUUGCCGAGCUACAGACUGAUAUGACAGAAUUAACCAGUGAUCAUGUAGGACAGAUCUCCAUUCCUUUCUGGGAUUAUCGUACAUUCUGUAUGAAAGUUUUAUUUCCUGGACAAGAAGACCAUGUUGUUGUUCGAGAAUUACAGGUUGACAUCCGUCAUAAUAAAGAAGAUAUUGAACGAGGCUUACAACUGUUCUUCCAACUCAUCAGCAAUAAAACAUUUUUAUUAAUUUUUAUCCGAACGUUAGAAUCCAACCGUAACUUUCAGUUGAAAGAUCGAGUCAAUGUGGCUUCUCUGAUAUCUGUUGCUUUACAGACAAAAAUGGAAUAUGCUACAGAUAUAUUAAAAACUCUGUUAGCUGAUUUGAUAGAGAAAUCAGUAGAAGGACAGAAAAAUCAUCCCAAAUUAUUAUUACGAAGAAAUGAGUCUGUAGCUGAGAAAAUGUUGACCAACUGGUUCACUUUCUUAUUAUACAGAUUCAUGAAGGAAUGUGCAGGUGAACCAUUAUUUAUGCUGUACCAGGCUAUAAAACAACAAGUAUCUAAAGGACCAGUAGACGCUAUAACCAGUGAGGCUCGAUACUCUCUAUCAGAAGACAAGCUGAUUCGACAGCAGAUUCAAUAUAAAGUUAUGAUGGUACAUGUGGUAGAUGUUGACAGUUUUCCUCAACAAACUCAUCCAGUCAAAGUUUUAGACUGUGACACCAUUUCUCAAGUCAAGGAGAAGAUUCUAGACGCCAUUUAUAAAAAUGCUCCAUUCAGCAGUCGACCAUUGAAGGAAAAUCUUGAUUUAGUUUUAUUUGACCAUAAACCAGAAUGGCUGUGUCCACCAAACGAGAAAGUUCAGAGUUAUCUCCCUUCACAUAAAGAUACACAUCGCUUGGUUCUACAUGAUGAAGACGCCACAUCCAAGAUGGAUAGCGAUUGCCGAAGGUUGAACAGUCUGGCACAUUAUAAGGUCCCUGAUGGUGCCUACGUGGCUCUAGAAGCUAAAAAUACCAUCACUUAUAACAGUAGUAUUAUUUCAGAAAAAUCUCUUAAAUAUGAUAACAUGUCUUUCUAUAACCGCAGUCCCUCGUUGAACCGAACAACGUCACCUAAUUCUAUCAACAUAGACGUAGAUAGCGUCAAGUCAUAUCAUCUGGUCCGUCAACACGAUUCUGAUGUCCAGAAAGAGGGUGAUAGAGGUAGUAAAAUGGUGGCUGAAAUUUAUCUUCCACGUUUAUUGGUCACCAAGGGAACGUUACAGUCGUUUGUAGAUGAUUUAUUCGAGAGAAUAUUUAGUACGGCUAACAGAAGUAACGUACUACCCCUCGCCAUCAAAUAUAUGUUUGAUUUCCUGGAUGAUCAAGCCUUAUUACAUAAUAUACAAGAUAAUGAAACUGUACAUACCUGGAAAUCAAAUAGUUUACCGUUGAGGUUUUGGGUGAACGUGAUGAAGAAUCCUAACUUUGUGUUUGAUAUUUAUAAAUCUAAUAUAGUAGACUCAUGUCUUUCUGUUGUGGCACAAACUUUUAUGGACAGUUGUUCAGUGCAUGAACAUGUGUUGGGAAAGGAUUCCCCUUCUAGUAAAUUACUUUACGCCAAAGACAUUCCAAAAUACAAACAAUGGGUGGAUAGAUAUUAUCAAGAUAUAAAAAUGAUGCCAGCGAUCAGUGAUCAAGAUAUGACGGCCAUGUUAACAGAGGAAUCUAGGUUACAUAAUCAAGAAUUUAACACGAAUGCUGCUUUAUACGAGUUAUAUAAAUACGUCAAUAAAUACUAUCCAGAGUUAAAAGAUUCAUUAGAGGAUGACGAAUUUGCCAGAAGAAGUAAAUUACGCUAUAAACUAGAGAAAGUCCGAGCGACGAUGGAUGGUGAUGCUGUCUGCUAG